UCGAAAAUCUCCCGCCUCCCGCGGAUGGGAUAGCGUCCGGUUUCACAGACCGCCCACGCGCUCGCGCCCAAACAUUUUCGUUCAGCCGGCUGCCUGCCCGCCACCGCUUCACUUCCCUCUCGUUCCGAAUUCCCGAUUGGCCGCCCUCUCCCCGCGUAUUUGACUGGCGCUAGAGAGCCGGCGCCCAGCUCAAGCUUCCAAGUUCCAAGUCCCUCGGCAGUCAGCACCGCAUCUGUCUCGCGCUCCGGCUCUCUGUGACUCUGUCCCCUCACGGCCGUAGCCCUUUCCAAGGGAUAUCGGAGGGAGAGGAGGGGGAGGCGGGAGCAGUAGGAAGGGGCGUUCGUGUCGUGGGUGGAGAAGAUGGAGAACCUGAGGAGGCUCCUGAAUCCGCUGGUGCUCAACCUGCAGAAGAUGGAGCUGGAGCUCACCUGCCCCGUCUGCCUGAAGUUGCUCACCUCGCCGACAACGCUGCCGUGCUACCACACAUCCUGCAGCAAGUGUGCCCUUACACCGACUUCAAAAGGUUACAGCUGCGCCAUUUGCAAAUCUGGCUAUUGUUCUCAAGAUUUAAGGCCAGCUUCUCAUCUCGAGUCGAUAGUGAGCAUUCACAGGAGCCUCAGCUCUACCGUAUGCACCAUGAUUGAACAGCAGGAUGCUCAAGUUAACAUUCCUGUUGCAAAGACAGCAUCUCAUGGAACACCAGAGUCAGGAAACAGAAGUGGGGUGAUGGAGAAAUAUGACCAGAUGAAAUCUUACAACCCUGUUGCUUCAAAGCUAGUAUAUGAUCAGUCAACUGGACCUGCAUUUGGGAACAUGGAGGGUGUUCAAGCAAAAGAUCCUGCAGUAGAGAACAAUGCUGGUGCUGCAGCUGUUGCACCAACGGCUAUAGUACAAAAGGGUCAUUCUGGGUCACAAUCUUCUGACGGCCCUGGGGAUUUGGAUUGUGACAGCAAUGACCUUGAAGGAGAACUGAUAACAAGCAGAUCACUUCUUCAAACUGCAUUGAAAAGAGAGACAAAUGUAAUGGAUGACCAUACCAGAGAAUUGAAGAGGCAAAAAUCAAAUGACCAGGUUCAAAGACAAACAACCAUGGCCAGUGCUUGGAAAUGUGAGUUCUGUCAUUCUUCCCAAGUCACUGAGUGUACUGGACCUUUGUCACAUUAUCUGAAUGGGGAGCCAAUAGAAGCUGAUCAAGCUUGGAAAUCAAGUGUUCAUCAUGUCCAUGAGAAAUGUGUUGAAUGGGCUCCUCAAGCAUUCUUUACUGGUGACAUUGCAAAUAACUUGGAGCCUGAGUUGGCCCGUGCUUCUAAGAUCAAAUGCAGUGUUUGUGGCUUGAAAGGUGCAGCACUUGGCUGCCUUGUGAAGAGCUGCCGCAAUAGUUUUCAUGUCCCAUGUGCCUACAACAUCAAAGGCUGCAAAUGGGAUCAAGAGAACUUCGUUAUGCUGUGUUCUACACAUUCUUCAAAAAAGUUGCCUUGUGAAAGAUCAAAGUCAAAAAAGAAGGCCAAGUUACAGCAACCAUCUUCUGACACUGAUGGUCUGAAUUCACCCUCUCCAAUGCAAAGGGAUGAACUUUGGACUGCCUCACCUUUUCUGACUAGUGGAUGGGUGAUAUGUGGAUCUGCCCUCAUUGGCCAUGAGAAGGAAAUCUUGGAUCAAUUUGAGUGUCACACUGGCAUCACUGUAACUAACACUUGGAGUUCGGAUGUGACUCAUGUGAUUGCUAAUACGGAUGAACGUGGGGCAUGUGCUAGGACACUCAAGGUUCUCAUGGCAAUUUUAGCUGGGAAGUGGGUUCUCAAUGUGAACUGGCUGAAAGACUGUAUUGAGGCUAGGAAACCAAUCCCAGAAGAGCCCUAUGAGAUAAGCUGUGAUGUUCAUGGCUCUGUUAAUGGGCCUCGCUCAGGAAGGCUUCGAGCAAUGCAGCAGGCACCAAACCUGUUUGCUGGGUUGACCUUCUAUUUCAGUGGCCAUUUCAUGCCGGGAUACAAGGCCAACCUUGAAGAUUUGAUUGCCGCAGGAGGGGGUUCCAUUUUGGAGAAGACUCAGCUCUCUUGUGCAUCCUUGAUUCUUUACAGCAUGGAGCCACCACAAGGAAACAGUCCCAACACCCUUGAGACCAUCAAUAAGAGAAUAGCUGAGGCUCAAGAACUGGCAGCCACGGUUGGCUGCAAAGCCAUUCCUCAUACAUGGCUUCUGGAUUCUAUUGCAUCCUGCAAUUUGAGCGUGUGAUGCUGUACUGCCUAGGUUCAAACUCAAACAUAGGAAUGUGAUAUCUGUUCUGCUUUUUUUUCUUUUCAAAAAGGAGAUUAGGAUGUGAUUGACAUGUUGUCUUGAUCCAAAAUAUCUUUAAAUGUUGUAGCAUGAAAGCGCAAUUCAAUUGGAAUAAACUUGUGUACCUCAGUCAGCGUUACUGUCGGUGAUGUCA